UUUUUUUACUGAGCUACCACAGUCAAGACUAAGUGAAACACAGAAGUAAAUAUCCUCUUGUGGUUGGCUCCAGCCCAACAACAUCCAGCUUUUUCCUAAAAAACUAAAUCAGAAAUCGUGCUCAGUGCGCUCCGCCUGAGGAGGAGAGAGGAUGCUGAACAACAUGACUGAUGGCGAGGAGGGAGAGGGGGGACCCGACAGACAGGGCGAUGGACUCCCCAAAGAAAGCAGUCCUUUCAUCAACAGCAGCGCAGCCAGCAAUGUGGAUAAGAGCCAGCAGUAUGACGGCAAGACUAUGGCUCUGUUUGAGGAGGAGAUGGAUACCAGUCCAAUGGUCUCCUCUCUGCUCAGCAGUCUUGCCAACUAUUCAAACCUGCCCACGGGCAGCAAAGAGCAUGAAGAGGCAGAGAACAACGAGGAGGGGGCUCGUCCGACUAAAAAACCUAUCAAGGCCCCACAGCUGGGUACUCUGAUGGGCGUGUACUUGCCGUGUAUCCAGAACAUUUUUGGGGUGAUCCUCUUCCUGCGGAUGACCUGGAUGGUCGGGGUUGGAGGCGUCUUUGGCUCCUUUAUAAUUGUCUUCAUGUGUUGCUCCACAACGAUGCUCACAGCCAUCUCCAUGAGUGCCAUUGCAACAAACGGAGUCGUACCAGCUGGAGGUUCAUAUUACAUGAUUUCUCGCUCUUUGGGGCCUGAGUUUGGAGGAGCUGUCGGGAUCUGCUUCUACUUAGGCACCACUUUUGCAGGUGCCAUGUACAUUCUUGGCUGUAUUGAAAUUCUGCUGAUUUAUAUAAUUCCUCAGGCAGCCAUCUUUAAAAUUGAGGGCCUGGAGGGGCCGGAGGCAGAGGAGGCUCUCCUCAACAACAUGCGGGUGUACGGCACCAUCGUGCUGAGCUUCAUGUCACUAGUAGUGUUUGUGGGGGUCAAAUAUGUGAACAAGCUAGCACUCGUCUUUCUGGCUUGUGUCAUCCUCUCAAUUGUGGCUGUUUAUGCCGGUGUCAUCAAGACCGCCAUUGACCCUCCUGUCUUCCCCGUUUGCCUCCUGGGAAAUCGAACUGUCAUGUCUAAAGGAUAUGACAUCUGUGCAAAAGUGAUAGAUAUAGACAAUGAAACUGUCACCACCAAACUGUGGAGGACCUUCUGUGAUUCUGACAGCCUCAAUGCCACGUGUGACGAAUACUUUAACAACAACAACGUGACAGAGAUACAGGGCAUCCCAGGGGUCACCAGUGGCAUCCUGGCAGAAAACCUGUUUGGUAACUACCUGGAAAAAGGGAUGUUCCUGGAGAAGCGUGGGAUUGUAUCAGAAGAAGAUCCAGACAGUCCUCCAGCCGGCUCCAACCGUUACGUCCUGGCUGACAUUACCAGCUUCUUCACCCUGCUGGUCGGGAUAUACUUCCCAUCUGUCACAGGUAUCAUGGCGGGCUCCAACCGCUCCGGAGACCUACGUGAUGCUCAAAAGUCCAUCCCCAUUGGCACUAUCGCAGCGAUCACCACCACCUCCAUUGUGUACAUGUCCAGUGUGAUCCUGUUUGGUGCCUGUAUAGAAGGAGUAGUCCUAAGGGACAAGUUUGGUGAAGGGGUCAAUGGUAACCUGGUGAUUGGGACUCUGGCAUGGCCGUCUCCCUGGGUUAUUGUGUUUGGCUCCUUCUUUUCCACAUGUGGAGCGGGACUCCAGAGUCUCACUGGAGCUCCACGCCUCCUGCAGGCUAUCUCUCGGGACGGCAUAAUUCCAUUUCUCAGAGUGUUUGGGCACGGCAAGGCCAACGGGGAGCCCACCUGGGCCCUGCUGCUAACAGGUAGCAUCUGUGAGAUCGGCAUCCUCAUCGCCUCCCUGGACGCAGUGGCACCAAUACUCUCUAUGUUCUUCUUGAUGUGCUACAUGUUUGUCAACCUUGCCUGUGCCCUGCAGACUUUGCUAAGGACCCCAAACUGGAGGCCGCGCUUUAAAUUCUACCACUGGGCUCUGUCUUUCUUGGGAAUGAGCUUGUGCCUGUCGCUUAUGUUCAUCUGUUCCUGGUAUUACGCCAUGGUUGCUAUGGGCAUCGCCACCUGCAUCUACAAAUACAUUGAGUUCUGCGGAGCGGAGAAGGAGUGGGGUGAUGGGAUACGUGGCAUCUCUCUCAGUGCUGCACGCUUCGCCCUCAUGAGGCUGGAGGAAGGACCGCCACACACCAAGAACUGGAGGCCUCAGAUCCUGGUCCUGGUUAGCGUGGAUGCUGAGCAGAACAUAGAGCAGCCUCGUCUGCUCUCUCUGACAAAUCAGCUAAAAGCAGGAAAGGGUCUGACCAUUGUUGGCACUUCAGUUCAGGGAACCUUCCUCAACAACUUCACUGAGGCCCAGAGGGCAGAUCAGUCACUGCGUAAGUUGAUGGAGACGGAGAAGGUGAAGGGUUUCUCUCAGGUGGUCAUCUCCUCCAAUCUGAGAGAUGGGACGUCCCAUCUGAUUCAAGUUGGUGGAUUGGGAGGUCUGAAGCACAACACGGUGAUGGUCAGCUGGCCCCGAAACUGGAAACAGCCAGAAUGCCACGAGCAGUUCAGGAACUUUAUUGAGGUGGUUAGAGAGACAACUGUUGCCAGUAUGGCUUUGUUGGUUCCUAAGAAUAUCGCCAGCUACCCGUCCAAUGGAGAGCGCUUCACUGAAGGCCACAUAGAUGUGUGGUGGAUUGUCCAUGACGGAGGCAUGUUGAUGCUCCUGCCCUUCCUGCUGAGACAGCAUAAGGUGUGGAGGAAGUGCAAGAUGCGCAUUUUCACUGUGGCUCAGAUGGAUGACAAUAGUAUUCAGAUGAAGAAAGACCUCAUCACCUUCCUCUAUCACCUGCGCAUCGAUGCUGUGGUGGAAGUGGUGGAGAUGCAUGACGGUGACAUCUCGGCCUACACCUAUGAGAAGACAUUGGUAAUGGAACAACGCUCACAGAUCCUCAAACAGAUGCAUUUGACCAAGAAUGAGAAGGAGAGAGAGAUCCAGAGCAUUACGGAUAUAUCCCGUGGUUCCAUUCGGCGCAAAAACCCAUCAGCAUUGCGCUCGCAGCCCAGCGCUGAUGAAGGAGCCAGCGUUGCAGAACAAACAGAAGAUCAGGUAACGUUUGGGUGGUAUAACCUGUUUAUUUACAGUAACCGUUUACCUCGUUCCCUGCACAUCUGGUGUCUCUCUGUGCUCCGGCUUGGGUCGACUAGUGUUUAUUCUAUGACUUCCUUACGGCCACUGACUUUCUCCUACACUGACAGAUGUCUCCUUUCUCUCUUUCACUGUCGCGUCACGGUGUCCGUCUCUCAGUCUGUGGCUGUCUCCAACCCAAAACAGGUGCAGCUAAUCCACAGUAAGAACCCCUCAACACCAGCCAGCCCCACAAGCCCCACGUCUCCGACUGCGCCUGCAGGAGGCCCCACAAUCUGGACUGACAACAAGGGGGCAGAGAAGGGGAGGAGCCCUUCAGAAGGAAAUCAGGAGGUUGCAAAAGACCUCUUCAACAUGAAGCCGGAAUGGGAGAACUUGAGCCAGGUUGACGUGAGGCGCAUGCACACGGCAAUGCGGCUCAAUGAGGUCAUCAUGAAGAAGUCAAAGGAGGCAAAACUCGUCCUGCUCAACAUGCCUGGACCACCAAAGAACCGAGUCGGCAAUGAAAACUACAUGGAGUUCCUCGAAGUGCUCACCGAAGGUCUCAAUCGGGUCUUACUUGUGCGUGGAGGUGGACGGGAGGUUAUCACCAUUUACUCUUGAAUGACUUUAAGGUCUUUUAAGGGCACGCACACCUUCUCUGGACUCUGUCCCCUCCCGCUAUUGUUUCAGGAAAUGACUCCCACACCCUCAUAUAUCUCAUCAUCUCUUCAUUUAAUGCAAGGGUUGGUAAUCUUGAAAAGCUAGUUAGUGUACACUUGUUUGAUUCAAAGAGUAUAGCUGAAAAUUCCCAGCUUAGUGUUGCCAACUAUUUUCGAGUGAAACAAGCUAGCAUCACUUGCUUAUAAACUGGAACUGUUUGUACUCAACUUUUUAUCUGAUAACAGCAGAUGAGUUUAUAUUAAGUUCUGACUCAAAAAGACUCCAAAAGAUGUAUUUAUUCGCCGAAAAUGGAAGGUUUUCUUUCCCUUUUCUGACAUUUACUUCAACUUUCUCUCCUGUUGCUUUCAUUCUUGGUCAUUUGUUAAAGAGAAGAGUUUUUUUUUUCUUUUACUGUUAUUUAUUGAUGUAUUUAUUAUUAUAUAUUUAUGUAUUUAUUCAUUUAUGUCUGUCCUUGUCUGUUUUUGUCUUUCAAUGUAUGGUUGGAACUGGAAGUAUUAAUACAAGAUACUUUCAUAUUUAUUAAUAGGAGUAUUAAAAAGCAGAUCUGUAGGAUCUAUAUGUUAAUAUGUACAAAAUCCCCAAAACAAACUACCUGGAUGAAAUAUACUUACCAAUUGUUUGAACUAACCUUUGUUCAAAGUGUAUAAUGGAAAUAUGUUUGAUACCAGUUUUGAAGUUAAGUCUCACAGUUAAAAAGAAAUACCUAAA